AUGCCGCCCGCCUGCGCGGCCGCGGAAGGGAAGGAGGAGGAAAGGCGGCUGCGUGUGCCAGCCCAGCUCGCUUUCCUUCCGGGUUGUGAGUACCUUUCCUCCUCCUCCUCCUCCUGCUCCUCUUGCGUGCCCUGGGCCAUGGGGGCGGCUGCCGGCGGGGCCGCCCCUGACGGGGCCGUGGCCGCAGCGCCGCUGGAGCCCGGGCGCGGGCUGUCCCUGCCCCGGGGGGCUGGGAGCUCUGCGGCAUCCCAGGACAAGCUCUUCUUAAUCAAAGGUGGAAUUUUUCUAGGUACUGUUGCUACAGCAGGAAUGAUAGCAGGUUUUGGCACUACACUUGCAAUGACAAAAAAGAAGAACCCAGACUGGUUUAGUAAGGGGAUUACUGCCACAGCUGCACUACCAGAGAGUGGUUCAUCACUGGCCUUACGAGCCCUAGGGUGGGGCUCACUCUAUGCAUGGUGCGGAGUUGGAUUGCUGAGUUUUGCCAUCUGGAAGGCUCUGGGCGUGCACAGUUGCUAAUUUAAACUCAAGAUCUUAGAAAGAAGAUGGACUACUAGUACAAGUUAGCACUUCCUCCUCCUGUUUGUACUACAUUUUUCUCUGCUGCUUAUAUUGCUUAAUUGGUUUGGAGAAGACUUGCCUCCACACAUAUGUACUGCAAGAACUUUAUUCAAGAAGGAAACAAAAAUGAAACCAAUCAACUUCACUGUUUACUUGAUAAGGCAGAAUGCUUAUUCAAGGAUUAAGAUCAUAAUUUUUGUACUGGAAAGCUGCUACACUCUGCUUUAUGAAUAGGGCCAGCUGUAAGAGAGAAUUUCAAGAAAUACGCUGCAAUCUGUUGGCUGCCACCAGCCCAUUGGGAAGCCUGUGGUCUGAAAUGCCUCUGUGCCACCCUGCAUGUGUGAGUGGGUUGAUCCCAUCUUGGCCACAUGUAGCUGCAAGCUGUGCAUGUACAGGUAGAAUCUGAAUCCAGGCUUCUCUGAUAGGUGCAAGUUCCUUGUGCUACAUCUUGUUCCCGUGGCAUCAUCCUGUGUGACGUGUGGUGCGUGGCCACGCUUGCCGCGCUCUGCUUGGCUGGGGGCAUCUGGCUGUCCCUGCCUGCCUCUGGGUGUCACACUGGCCCUGACAGCUUCCUGCAUGGAAUUCAGCCCCUGUCAAGGUUGAUGAAGCCUCACCAAAGAGUUUUGGGUUUUUGCUGGCACUUUCCCCUGCCUUAAAACUCACUUGUGGAUGGUAUAUAUAAUCUCACUUGCAGAUGGUAUAUAAUUAUAAUGAUAUUAUAAUUAUAAUAUCAUUCCUGGACAUACCAAGGGGGAAAAAAAUUACUCAGGUUGCUCAGCAGACAAUCCAUAUUUUUGAAUUUAAUUCAGAAAUCCAGAUUACAGCACAGAAGUGUUUAUAUGGUUGGGGCACUCAAUCCUGAGAUUUUGGGUCCAUUAACCAGCUAGCUUUAUAAAUUUGGAUAUUUAACUACUUUAAAUUUAAAAUUAUUUCAAGACUAAUUUUUCAAAUUGCCGAGGGUGACUAAGGGGCAAUGACUAAUACAUCAUAAUAGACUAAUCAUGUGGAUGUCCUUUCCAGGCACCCAGAUUUGAAAGUAAGAUUUUGCAGAAAUAAAUGGCACAUUUUUCUGUGAUAGCCACACUCCAUUUUUCUGCAUGGCAAAAAAGCCUUUACUUUAAGAUACUAUAUACUACAAAAAUCUAAGUAUUUCACAUUUAUUUCAGGAAUAUCAACAUAGGAAUGUAUAAAAGUUAAAAGAACACCCCUGUAUUUAUGAACCUAAGGGAAUUACUUUUUUUUUUCACAAUCCAGUUUACAAAAUUUCGGUCUCUGUGAAUAAAGAAAUUGACCAUAAUUAGCUAACCAUGUCCUUUUUUUGUUGUUCCUUAAAUUCAAAAUAAUCUAGCCUUAACUCAGAACAGUUUUACUUUCUUUAGGCUUUUUACUAGCCAAAGUAAAACAUGUAAAAGUAGCUAGUAAAACAUGUUUGCGAUGUAGAUCAGCUCUCCUGUGAUUUAUGAAUGAGCACCAUGUCUUCUGCACUCAGGGAAAAGUAACGUGAGGAAAGUAUUUCAUGUGUUUUACCUCUUCAUGUGACCCAAUAAUUGGAAAAGAGGCAGCCUGACCCCUGAGACUUGACAGCUGUCUAUAGUUCUUUAGUAAUUCAAGGCAGAAUAUGGAGUAGUUGUGGGAGGCCACUACAGACUUAGAAUUGUUUGGAAAUUGUGGCAGAUUCGCUCUGAACAAUGAUGGUCCUCUCCCCCUCUCCCUGUAAAGUUCACUUAGGUUAUUUUCAUGUUGUUUUUAUUUUUAAAAGCACAGGACAUAUUUUACCCGCUUACACAGGAUUUAUAGAACAAAAUUUGUGGGAAAAUGUAUUUAUGUGUUUGUUUAAUUUUGGGCACUGUAAAUAGCCCUCUGAUUUCACAGAGGGUGCUUGACACUGCACAAGGUUAGGCAUGUGUGUAAGCCUCCAUGAGAUGGGGCCAGUAUGAACUCCUGACUUCUCUAGAUAGUUUAAACACAAUUCUGCUGCUGCUUUUCUCUGUGUGUAAGCCUGAAAUGCUGGAAUUAGCAAAUAGGUGCUAAACAGGGUACUGUGGGAGUACAUAGAAAAUAUUAGGUUGUUUCCUUCCAGGAUUGACUCUCUCAGGGCCAUUUUCAUAGACUUGUAGUUCUGCAUAAUCCAGAUGUUCAUGAUGCCUUUUCCAGUGAAGUGCAAGAUGUAAGAAUGUGAACCAGAGCUCUAUUUUCCAUGUUAUUCCAGGGCUGGCACAGAGUGGCCCUCAGUGAAUGCCCCAUUUUACACUGAGAGAAGGACAAUCACCUUGAGCUGCCAGGCUGGCUGCUCUGCUUCUCCAGUCCUGCACUUGUCAUUUUCUACAAAUAACUGGCUAUUUCUGUAUGUGGCCCUUGGUAAUCAUUUGCUAACAAGGGCAACAGCAGUCAUUUUAAGAUUUGGGAAAAGGUAGCAAGAGCAAUCCUCAGUGAUGCUUUUAAAUCCAGGGCAGCCUGCCUCGUCUUCAUGCUUUGUGAAAUGGAUGGUGGCUGAGGAGAACUGAGGGCAUGAACAUACUGCGUUCUGCUGCCACUUGAUAUUCCAGUUCAGGGCAUCUAACCUCAUUUCACUUGGAAGCUAAUGUAAGCAGUUCUUACUGAUACGAGUACUAAAAUAGGAAACCAAUAAUUCCUGGAAUCUGCGUUGUCCUAUUAUGAAUGUCAGACAUUAAAGGGAACAUUUCUUCGUGAAACUUUCACUCUAGGAAUCAAAUAGACUAUUUUAGCCCCUCUUCCAUUCAUUUUAAUAUGAACGGCCAUGUAAGUGCUCUCAGUAAUAGUGCUAUCCCAAUUUUUGUGUGACAUUCUGUCAACGAUGUACAUUAAAAAGAGAUUAUUAAAUGGAAGAUGCUUUUAGGUCCCCAUAUUUUUGCCAUCUGAGGCAGGAUCAUUAGGUUAAGAUAAGAAAAUAACAGUGAUCUGUAGCUAUUACAGAUUAUUUAAUGCAGUAAGGUAGAUGAUACCCUUUUAGAAAGAAGCCUGACAGAGGUAGAACAGUCACUGUAAUUUAUUUGGCAAGAAAAAACAGCAUGAAGCUCUGUAAUAUCUGUGACAAAAAAAAUAAAAUUCACUUGAGUGAAAUUCACUUCAGAGAGUGGCCUGCAGGAAUGGAGCAUGCUGGAAUGUUAAGAAAUGUGUUACAAAUUGUUCAUGUACCACUAGGUUCAGGAGCAGCAGUUGAGAGUGGCCUAUGGUACUGAAGGCAGCAGGAAGAGGAAAAAUACAUUCAGCUUUUAGUGCUUGGUUUACUGCACUAUUAAUUGAAGACAUUAUCACAGUUGAACUGAGUACCCCAGUGCCAGUGUGGCUGCCAAUAAUAAAGAGGCAGCCAUUGCAGUGAGUUAUGCAAAAUAUUCCAGUGCUUAAUACAUAGCACAUUAGCUCUUGUGAUUAAAUUAAAGCCUUUUGAUUUGAGACCACUGAUGUGAGUAUUGUGGAAUCUGAAGGAAAUACAGGAGGAGAUUUCCACAAAGGGAGGAGAGAGGAGAAGAGACCUCUCAUGUUGCAUGUCUGCUGAAAAGAAAAGGCAGGGCAAGACAGAGAUUCCUAAUCACAGCAUUUCCCUCAUUAGAAGUGUGUUUGUUGUCCCAAGAGUUAAAGCAAGUAAAGGCAUGGUCCCAAUUCUCACACCUCAAGUGUUCAGUAUUAAUAGAACAUAAAGCUGAUUAACUGUCUUCACAAGAAGCUCACCACACUGCCAGAGGACUGGACACUGGUAAGCCUAGUUUGUUGAAGGACUAACUUAAAUGUUUAGUGGACAAAUUCUAUUUUCAGUGCAAGGAUACUUUGAAGUUGCAAUGGGCCUACUAUGACAGUGUAAACUAAAUGCAAGCAAGAACAACCUGGAAGCCAGUGUGAGGUACUUUGGAGGCCAAAUUUAGUCCUAGUUAUAAAAAUAUAUUAAAUAGAGUUUGAUCAGUCAAGGCCCAGAAGACUGAAUUCCAUGUCUCUGACUGAAAGAGACUGAGUAAUUUAGGCUGGAAAAUACCUCUAAAUAAAGUCUGUCCAUUAAGAAGUUACAGACUAAAAUGGGGUAUUAAAAUGGUUUGUAAGCAGGCACACUUUGUCAGUGGGAGAGAAGGGACAGGAACUUAGGGAUGUGAUUUUCAUGGUUAUAUAUGUAGGUAUCCACCAGUUCUGUGACAUCAGAGAGUAGUUCUCUUUGAAAGCUUUCUCCAUGGUUUAAGAUAAGUGAGUUUUAGAGGAAUGCUGAGUUCAGGGAAGACAGUGAAUGGGAUUUGGAAGUGCAUUUGGGAGAGCACCAAGCACAAAUGUGUAAAUGAAGGAAGAAACUCAGAAGCUGAUGUUAUUAGUGGAGCAGGAGAGAAAGGGGAAGGUACCUUAGAGGUCCAGAUCAAAGCCCUAAUGAAACAUUGGACUGCACUUUCUGACUGGGAUGAGAGAGGGUAAAUAGGAGACCGUGACUGGUACUAAUUAAGUUGCUUAAUGUCUUACCUAGUGAGAACUCAAAAUCUGUUGUGGAGAGAAAUAAUCAGGUGCAGUAUUUUUUAAGGGCUAUAGAAAUGAAAACUAUGAGUAAGAGUUAGUAGCUGUGACAUUUGUACUGGGAAGAAAUUGGCCCCGUUUUAGACAUACAGUGAAGUCAUGUAUUAAUGAGGCCCAUGCCAGUCACUGCAGAUAAUGUCCUUCUUAAAGAGCUGACAGCCUGAAGUGUAACACUAAGAGCUGACAGCCUAAAGUCUUACGACUGAGCAUACAAUACACAGUAGUGAUCAGCUUGGCAUUACAAUUUAUUGAAAUAGAUCAAUGUGCAGGAAUCACAAAGAAAGAAAAUCUGUGGAAAAACAUAGGCAUGGUCAAAGUUGUCAAUUGCAAUGAAAAACUAUUUUUGUGCAGAGCAGGCUUGUGGAAAAGGGCAGGUGGGAGAGGAAGUGGCAAAUGAAACACUGAGUUUAGCAUAACUUUCAAAGUGGUUUUACAAAUAAGCAUCAAAGUCUGAGAAGACAAGGCUGAGGAAAUUUCUCAGGGAGUCUUAAACGCAAAAGAAAGACAUUGAUUAUUUCAAGUCUGAUCCACAUGUUAAGGAAAGAUUGCUUUCCCAGGAAAUUAGUUGCUUUUACCUGCAGAACAUAAAUUAAUGUUUUGAGGGGACAGGAAUCUAUCUAAUAUUCCUAAAUCUGCAGCUGCUACCAGUGUUUCAGUACUUUUUAAAUAAAUACCUUUUUUUCUUUCAGAACUGAGUUGUAGUGUUUUAUUUCCCAGACAAGACUGCAUUUUGCAUUCAAGAGUUAGGGUUUGGCAUGUUAAUAAUCAUGAGGUAGUUGUCAGAGUGGAAUCACUGCUAUUUCUGAGUUGCUCCACCCAUCAUCUUCUUUUUGGAGGCUUUUUACAAUUGCUUUUAGUUUUCCUUUGGUUUUGUGCAUCUUCAGUGGGGUAACAGAGGUGUCUUCUAGAACUUAUGACUGCAUCAUUUAAAUUUAUCACUAAGAGAAAUUUAAGUCUGAGUUUAGAAGCAGCCAGAAAAUCCACAUUGCACCAGAUCAUUGCCUGGUGCUGAAUAUUUUAUCUUUGGUUAUAUCAAUAGAGCUACAGUAUUUUACAUCAGGUUAGUAUUUCACCAUUCCUGUGUUCCAAACACCCAGAUAAAACUUAGAGUGAGAUGAAAGAGUAGAAGAGUUGAAUCACUCUUUAGGAAGCAAAAAAUGUUAAGUAAAUAGAAUUCUUUCUGCCCAUCAGUGAGCUGGGAUAACUUAAUUACAUAGGACUGGAAAAAACAGCUAAGCCAAAGCUCCUAAAACAUUUCCUUCUAUAAAUACUUGUAUUGAAUUGGCAGCAAUUGUUUAAUGUAAUUUGGGCUGUUCCUCUACAUCAGCUCUGAUACUGGUGUUUAUUAUUCUUGGAAACAUUAGCUGUCUCUGAGAGCUUCUCAGUUUUAAAUGAGAAGCAAAAAUGUUAGUUUAGGAACAGUUGUGGGUGAUUGCCGAGAUUUUGAAAAACCAAGAAGGGAAUAAUUAAUCAAAACAACUAUCUGAUCAGAAUGAAAUAUAAAAAAGAGAGUGAAUUUAUUUUACUUAGGAACAAAAUCAGGAAAAAGCAAAAAGGAUAAUUUGGUUCUGAAUUUCCCUCCUACUUUAUAUAACAUAUAUUUUUAUUUGAUUAGCAGUACCCAGGCAUUAUUACACAAAAACUAGGGUUCUGAAAUGGUUUCAUCCAUCAUAGUUAGCUACUGUCGUACUAAAGGACUGGUAGUUUCUUUGUAAAUUAUUUUAUUCUUUGUAUCAGCUGUAACUUGAAUAAUUACAUUCUGGUAGCAUGUCUAUAAAGAAGUACCAAUUCUUUGUCAGAAUUAUUCAUACACAGAAGGACUUGCAGAGAAAACAACCCAGAAGUAUUUGUAUAAAUACUGAUGACCUAUAACACACAAAAUGUAAGCAUAUGAGAGUAGAUGCCUAUGUGGCUGUUUGGAAUAUCUGGAUUUCCUGGAACCUCUCUGUGGGACAUAUUGCCUGAGACUGCAUUUGCUCUUCAAGAGGUCAUUGCAUCCAGUGCUUGAAUACCACAUCCUGUCUUCUCUGUGUGAAUGUCAUAGAUUCUGUCAUAGAGCUUCCUAAAAAUAGCAGUCCUAAACUUCCCCUGUACAUCCUGCUGUUUGUGUAACAGGAUUUUCAGUGAUCUGGUUUUUCCAUGCCUAUCCUUUAAAAAUACAUUACAUGUAAAAAUACAUGUAAAACUCCUGGAAGAAAGAAGGUCACUAAGUCUAAAUAUUGUGAUAGAAGUGAUUUUUAUUUAAAUGUGUGUUUGGUUCUGGCAUUCCAGGACUGUUGAAUCACAUAUUGGCCAUAAAAUUCAUAGCAUAAAUAUAAAUGAUAAAUAUCAUAUACCUAUCUCUAUUUAUAUCUAGAUAAUAUGGAAAUAUUUCCCCUUCCACAGCAUUUUAACAGCAGUGAAAGAACAGCUUAGUCCCAUAUAUUGUUAUGAAUCUUGUAUUCUUUCCUAGUGUUAUAUACAUUUGAAUGAGACUUUGUUUUGUCACCUUUAUCCACAUGGUGGGAUAAACCUAAGGUGUCAGAGCUAAACAGCACUUUUCUUUAGCCCUUGUUUUAAAAUCCUUGAACAGACUACUGGAAAUUUAAUCCAUUACAGUGUAGAAAAAGGUACUGCAGUCAAAAUAGGGGCAUGUUCCAUGUAGGUAAUAUUCCUCCAAACAAAAAUAUUUUAAGUGUGUGUGUGUAUAAUAAUUCAUGUAACAGCAGUGGAUCAUUCAGGCAGGCACUCUAAAUCUGGCACCCUAGUGUGGUGCAUUAGAAGGGGUGAUUGUUGUGUGUCCCUUAAUGCUUUUUCUCACAUUGUUAAUUGAACUAACAUAAUCAGAGGGAAAAUCCUAGUUUUCUACUAUUUUAAAAGCUUUUUAUUUAUUCUUUUCCUCACACAGAUUGUUUUGUGGGAUAAGCCUGGGCUUCAUGGUGCUACUUUAUUGUUCCAUAGUAGCAAUUAACUGAUUUUAUUUUUAAAUCUCUUUUAUAGAUGAAAGAAUUCCGAAGUAAGAUGCAAUCAAUCUUUCCAGCAAUUCCUAAAAGUAGUGAGUCCAGUGUUGAAUGG